AUGCCAGGAGCAGAACGAGCACCCCAGACUCUCUACGACAAGGUGCUGCAGGCACAUAUUGUCGAUGAGAAGCUGGACGGCACCAUUCUCCUCUAUAUUGACCGGCACAUUGUCCACGAGGUUACAUCACCCCAAGCCUUCGAAGGGCUGAAGAACGCGGGACGUAAGGUUCGCAGGCCUGAUUGCACCCUCGCUACCACUGACCACAAUGUUCCUACGAGCUCGAGAAAAACCCUCAAGGACAUCGGCAGCUUCAUCGAGGAGGACGAUUCAAGAACACAAUGUGUCACUCUCGAGGAGAACGUCAAGGACUUUGGUCUUACAUACUUUGGCCUGAGCGACAAGCGACAAGGCAUUGUCCACGUCAUCGGCCCCGAGCAGGGCUUCACCCUGCCCGCCACUACCGUCGUCUGCGGUGACAGCCAUACCUCGACCCACGGUGCCUUUGGUGCCCUGGCCUUUGGAAUCGGCACCAGCGAGGUCGAGCACGUGCUGGCCACCCAGUGCCUGAUCACUAAGCGCAGCAAGAAUAUGCGCAUACAGGUGGAUGGCGAGCUUGCCCCUGGUGUCAGCUCCAAGGACAUCAUCCUUCAUGCCAUUGGCAAGAUCGGAACUGCUGGCGGCACCGGCGCCGUGAUCGAAUUUUGUGGAUCUGCCAUCCGGGGGCUCUCCAUGGAGGCUCGCAUGUCUAUCUGCAACAUGUCUAUCGAGGGCGGCGCUCGGGCUGGCAUGGUUGCGCCCGACGACAUCACCUUUGAGUACCUGAAGGGCCGGCCCCUGGCGCCCAAGUACAACUCGCCCCAGUGGCACAAGGCUGUUGCCUACUGGAGGAGCCUGCGGUCUGACCCUGGUGCCAAGUACGACAUUGACGUCUUCAUUGAUGCCAAGGACAUCGUUCCCACCAUCACCUGGGGCACAAGCCCUGAGGACGUCGUCCCCAUCACCGGGUCUGUGCCCGAUCCCGAGACGUUUGCCACCGAGGCCAAGAAGGCUUCCGGCCGCCGCAUGCUCGAGUACAUGGGUCUGACCGCCGGUACUCCCAUGCAGGACAUCACCGUUGACAAGGUCUUCAUCGGUUCCUGCACCAACUCUAGAAUCGAGGAUCUGCGCGCCGCUGCCACCGUGGUCAAGGGCAAGAAGAUCGCUUCCAACAUCAAGAGGGCCAUGAUUGUCCCUGGCUCUGGGCUGGUCAAGGAUAUGGCCGAGGCCGAAGGUCUCGACAAGGUCUUCACCGACGCCGGAUUCGAGUGGCGCGAGGCUGGCUGCAGCAUGUGCCUGGGCAUGAACCCAGAUAUCCUGUCCCCCCAGGAGAGAUGUGCGAGUACCAGCAACCGCAACUUUGAGGGUCGCCAGGGUGCUGGCGGCAGGACCCACCUGAUGUCCCCCGUCAUGGCUGCUGCUGCUGCCAUCGUUGGCAAGCUGGCAGACGUGAGGAAGCUCACCGAGUACAAGGCCAGCCCCCAUGUCGAGGCAUUCAAGGCCACAGCUGAGCCCCCUCACGUCGAUGAGAGGCUGUCUGAGGAUGACUCGGACAGGGAGCAGCUCGCCGACAUCCCCAAGAGCGACACCAGCAUCUCUCACCCCAACACCUCUCCUUCUGCUGCAGCAACCGGCGGCUUGCCCAAGUUCCAGGUCCUAAAGGGCAUUGCUGCUCCUAUGGACCGGUCCAACGUCGACACGGAUGCCAUCAUCCCGAAACAGUUCCUCAAGACCAUCAAGCGAACCGGCCUGGGCUCCGCCCUCUUCCACGCCUGGAGAUUCCUGCCAGACGGAAAGGAGGACCCAUCCUUUGUUCUCAACCAGGAGCCUUACCGCAGCGCCAAGAUCCUGGUCUGCACCGGUCCCAAUUUCGGCUGCGGUAGCUCUCGAGAACACGCGCCGUGGGCCCUGAACGACUUUGGCAUCAGGUGUGUGAUUGCGCCGUCCUUUGCCGACAUCUUCUUCAACAACACGUUCAAGAACGGCAUGCUGCCCAUUCCGAUCAAGAACCAGGAGGACGUCGAGGCCGUCGCAAAGGAGGCCCGGGCCGGCAAGGAGGUCGAGAUUGACCUGCCCAACCAGCUCAUCAAGGACGAGGCUGGCAACACGAUCUGCAGCUUUGAUGUCGAGGAGUUCAGAAAACACUGUCUGAUCAACGGCCUGGAUGACAUCGGCCUGACCCUGCAGAUGGGCGACAAGAUCUCCGACUUUGAGAGGAAAAUGACUGAGGAGACGCCCUGGCUCGACGGCACUGCCUACCUCAAGAGGAAGGGUCAAGGUGGCAAGCUGGCGGCAAAGGCUGCCCCCGUCCCCAUGACAAAUAAGGGCGAGACAAAGAAGGAACCGCUGGAGUGGUGA